AGCCGCUUCUCGUACUCAGGAAACUUUGCCCCUCAGAGACAGCCAGGUCUGGAGGUCGGCCGGCGGGACGGAUACACUGCCCAUGUUCUCCGCCGCCAGAAGGGCUUUCAAGCUACUCUCUGGCUCCAUCCUGGUACCGAGAAUGGGCGACUCAGCUUCGAGGGUCAUCAGCGCGCAAGAAGCCUUGCCCGGCCGCGCCGAGCCGAUCCCCGUGUCAGCCAAACACCAUGUCAGUGGCAACAGAACGGUUGAACCUUUCCCAGAGGGAACACAGAUGGCUGUAUUUGGAAUGGGCUGCUUCUGGGGGGCUGAGCGCAAGUUCUGGCUCUUGAAAGGCGUGUAUUCAACCCAAGUGGGCUUUGCAGGAGGCUACACAUGCAAUCCCACCUACAAAGAAGUCUGCUCAGAAAAAACCGGCCAUGCAGAAGUCGUCCGGGUUGUGUACCAGCCAGAGCGCGUCAGCUUUGAGGAGCUGCUCAAGGUCUUCUGGGAGAAUCACGACCCGACCCAAGGCAUGCGCCAAGGCAAUGACUACGGCACCCAGUACCGAUCGGCAGUCUAUCCCACCUCCAGCGCACAGAUGGAAGCAGCCCUGAGAUCCAAGGAGGAAUACCAAAAGGUUCUUUCAAAGCACGGCUUUGGCCCCAUCACCACCGACAUCCGAGAAGGACAGGAGUUCUACUACGCUGAAGACUACCACCAGCAGUACCUGAGCAAGAACCCGGAUGGCUACUGCGGCCUUGGGGGCACUGGGGUGUCCUGCCCAGUGGGCAUUAAAAAAUAAUCUCUCUCCCCGAAGUUGGCCCUGGAGGCUCCAGCAAAACCAUGGCUGCUGGAUGGAACGGUACUACUGCGAUUCACGUCAGUCAAUUUCUAAAGAGCGCACACCACACAGGCAUUUGCGGGAAUCUGGUCGUUAUUGGGGUUUGAUUUACAGGAAGUGCUAUGACAAGCUGACAGAUUGUAAUUCAUCUUCUGAUCAGCCCAGGUGGGGGUAGAGCAUGAUAUUUUGGUGGCUCAUUUGGGAUCUAAAUGGAGGAAAUGAAUGCCCCAUGUCCACCUGCUUGGGCUCGAAGGAAUGCUGUAGGUUCUGAGCAGGGAGAUGGUUGGGAGGGGUCCUGGAACUCCUUGGUCUAUGCUGAUAUACCUCACCCACUCCCCUGCGCUCAGGUGCCUAACUCAUUAAUUCUGCAGUCUCCAUGAAUCAUUUGCUGAAAUGCUUUGCUCGGCUGACCCUGGAUGUGUGUAAGGGGUUGCUCUCCCUCCUCCCUCCUCUUCUGGUAGAGAAAAAACGUGAGUGACCUUAAUGAAAUCUAACAUUGUGCUUACAGCUAUGGAAAAGCUUGUUCUAAUAAAAAUCUACACUUUGGUAAUAGCAA